GAGGCUAUAUUCGCCCUGUGAAUCAUAGGGGCUUGGUAUCUCAGGGUGUCCCCUUACACACCAAAUAUGGACCCUGAGGACUUGAGUGCUAUCGCUUUUUGCAGUGGAUGGCUAUUCUUAGGCUGUCUGUCCAGGCCAUCCGUACAGAGGCUCCUCGGCGCCUGCCCGUCCCCGGGUGUUCGUCCUGACUGCAGGGUGAAAAGCUAACAAGGAAAGAAAUAGGAGUUACUUGUCCCAAGGCGAGGCUUUCCAUCAAAACUCUCCCCAAAAUGAGCAAUUACACAAUAACUCUGGGUGGACCUGCACCAUGGGGCUUCAGACUGCAGGGAGGCAAAGACUUCAACAUGCCCCUUACAAUCUCAAGGAUCACACCGGGCAGCAAGGCAGCUAAUGGAAACCUGGCCCAAGGUGACAUCAUUACAGCCAUCGAUGGGGUCAGCACUGAAGGCAUGACCCAUCUGGAGGCCCAGAACAAGAUCAAAUUAGCCACUACCAAACUGACCCUCAGCAUGCAAAAAUCAAGACGUCCAGCCCCUGUGCCCACAGCUACGCCAAGAAUGGACUCGCCCAUGCCAGUUAUUCCUCACCAGAAGGUCAUUGCGAACACAGCUGCCAACCAAGAGUACGUUCCCAGCUUCAACCCUAUUGCACUGAAGGACUCUGCUCUGUCCACUCACAAGCCUAUUGAGGUGAAGGGCCCGGGAGGCAAAGCCACCAUCAUCCAUGCUCAGUACAACACUCCCAUCAGCAUGUACUCACAGGAUGCCAUCAUGGACGCCAUCGCCGGCCAGGCUCAGGCAAGAGGCAGCGAUCUGAGUGGUGAAGAUACUGCUGGAUCUCCACUAGGUUCAUUCCUUGUCAAAGAUCCUCUGGUGGACAGUGCCUCUCCAGUAUACCAGGCUGUGAUAAAGUCAGAGGAUAAAGAGAACGAGCUUUCUGACUGGGCUCGUCGCGCUGCCAACCUGCAGUCCAAGUCUUUCCGUAUCCUCGCGCACGUCACAGGGACCGAAUACUUGCAAGAUCCAGAUGAGGAGGCUCUCAGGAAAUCAAGGGAGAGAUUUGAAUCAGAGGUAAAAGGCCCACGAUUUGCCAAACUGAAAAACUGGCACCAUGGCCUGUCUGCACAGAUCCUGAACGUCCAAGAAUAAAAACUUCCUAAAGCAGAGGGACAGGGAUUACAAAGGAAAGCAACAACAAAGAGAUGAAGGAAAGGCAGAAAGAAAAAAGACGGUAAAAGUGAAGAGUAUUGUAGUGAUGGCUUUGUGAGUUAAUGCAGUAGAUUAAUAUUUAAGAUAAAGUGCUCCCCUUGCUGCUAUGUGGUCAUAUGUCAUGUAUGUUUCGUGUGUCUUCCUGCCAAUAAGAUAAUAUAUUACUUUUCUUUUCUUUUUCUUCUGGCUGUUUAUUCUAAAUUAAAAAUUAAUUAUUGAUGUACAAAGACAAAAUCUUAGAGAAACUUAAACCAAUGUAUACUAUUCAUUGCACCACCAUAUGUCCUGCAAACAUAUUAAUCGAAUGUACUGUUAUUAAUGUGAAUAAAACAUUAUUCUUUUAUCCAAA